AUGCCAAACAAACGUCCGCGUUUAUCAAACAAUAGUAAUGCUCACGCUCUAUCAUUCUGUCACAUCUGUAAAAGGAAAAACCAUUCUGCCGAUGAAUGUCGUUUCAAACCAACGGCAUUAAAUCAGGAACAAUAUAGUAAAAGACGUGAAAGUAAUAGUAAACCUACCUGCACAUUUUGUCAAAAAUUAGGACAUACUUACGACCAAUGUUUUAAGCGUGAUCGUUCUUUGACAUCAAAUAUAAAUCACAUCGAAGGUACAAAACUCGCCCCUUUAACUAUCAGGAUAGGAGUAAAAACUUUACGGGCAGUGUUUGACAGUGGUGCAGAAUGUUCAGUUAUACGGGAAUCUGUAGCCGCUGCUCUGCCUGGACAAAGAGUUCAAACGGCUAACUACUUGAGAGGUAUUGGACGAUUUCCCGUAUUAUCACUCACGAGUUUACUGACUAUAUGUGUCAUAGAUGAUAUCAGCGUAGAAAUUCAGUUUUAUGUUCUGGCUGACUGUGAGAUGUCGACGGACAUUCUGGUUGGCAUGAAUUUGAUUAAAGGCACAAACUUGAGUGUUAUAGUAACGUCUAGCAAAACAAAAUUAGUGCACCAAGGACUUAUCAAUCAUAUCACUACAAAUAGUCCAAUAUUUGGAAAACUAGACUGUGAUCUUUCCGACCCUGAAAAGAUCAAACAACUUCGCAUACUCCUUAAUAAAUAUGAACACUUAUUUAUUCGAGGAUACCCUAAAACCCGAGUUAACACAGGUAUGUUGGAAAUCAGAUUAAAGAAUCCGGACAAAUACGUAGAACGAAGACCAUACCGCCUCAGUCCAGUGGAGAGAGAAAAGGUUCGUACCAUUGUCAACGAAUUAUUGAAGCACAGUAUUAUACGUGAGAGCAAAUCCCCAUACUCUAGCCCAAUUAUCCUAGUUAAAAAGAAGAAUGGAGAUGACCGCCUUUGUGUAGACUUCCGCGAGUUAAAUGCUAAUACCUUGCGGGACCAUUACCCACUUCCACUCAUCUCCGACCAAAUCGAUCAACUGGCCAAUGGACUCUACUUCACCACAUUUGAUAUGGCGGCAGGUUUCCAUCAAAUACCUAUUUCGGAGAGUUCCAUAGAGAAGACUGCAUUCGUUACGCCUGAUGGAUUAUACGAAUACCUUACUAUGCCAUUUGGUUUCUCCAACGCGUGUGCAGUAUACCAAAGAUGUAUUAAUAGAGCAUUGUUUUCGUUACUGGGCAGUGCUGCUCAAGUUUACGUCGACGAUGUCUUGAGCAAAAGUGCUGAUUUUACUUAA